CCAGCCGCCCUCAGUAAGUGCUGCCGGGGCGCCGAGUCCCUCCCGCCCCGCAGCACGCAGCGCCCCGCCAUGGCCCGCACGGCUCCCCCGGCCGUGCCGCCGCCGCCCCCGGGACCACCGCCCCGCGGUUCGCUCGGGCUGCACCGCGCCUUCCUGCGGAGCCCGCUGGGGCUGCUCCGACUGGGGCAGCUGGCGGUGGGCGCCGCCUUCUGGCUCACCGUGGCGGCCCACUGGUACGAAGGAGCGGCCCACUUCGCCCUCUUCGCCGCCGUCCUCGUCUGGCUGCUCACGCUGGGCCUCUUCGGGCUGAGCGCGCUGGGGCGCUGGGAGCUCGUGCCCUGGCUGGGCUCCCGCUGGCUGCUGGCCAACCUGGUGCACGACCUAGUGCUGGGUGUCGGGCUGUGCACGGCCGCCGCUGGCAUCAUGGGCCACAAAGCUGGGCAAAAGAGCUACUGCAAUCUGCCGGGCUACAGCCAACGCUGUCUCUACGGAGCCUAUCUGGGAGCUGCUGUCUGCGGAGCCGUGGCUGCCUGCCUGUACCUCUUCUCCGGGCUCUACUGCCUGGCACGGCGCUGCCGGGACCAACGUGACAUCGUCUGAGCUCCUUGGCUGCCCUGCUUCCUGCACAUGGACGGACCGCGGCCCUGCUUUAGGACGUGGUGACCCCGCUGCUCUGUCCCCUCCCGGCUGCUGCACUGCGCUUCCUCCACUGCCCCCUGCACGGAUGGAUGGACAGACGGAUGGAGACCUUUUGCCAGGACAGUGGGCACCGAUUGCUGCACCAGCUCCUUUGCACCCUGCACAGAAUGACAGACGGACAUAAGCAAAUCGAAGGACCCAAGCAGGGAGCGCCCAAGUGGACCACAACUACUGGGAGCCCCGAGGGGCCCUGCCUGACUCCUGCCUUGGGUGUGCUCAGCCUGGAACUCGGUGCUGCUGCCGCAUCGCCUGGCUGGUUCUGCACUAGGAGCGGGGCUCCCAUCCCACCACAGAGACCCCUAAGCCUACCCGAGGCCUGUCCACUCCAGCUAGAACAGGCACAGCUCACCCUGCCUGUCUCCGCAGCACUUGGAUUGUCAUCCUAGAAAACUCUCUUUGUUGUGCGACUACAUAUCUCCAUCUCCAUCACUGUGCUGCCCGCAGACUGAUAAUGGAAGGGUGAUUGCAGCAGUGCCCUUGUAGGACAUAGACUGUCUGCAAGAGGGGGGCUCCGGUAGUGAGGCAUGGACCAACCCCACAGAUGGCCGAGGCUGUGAGGGGUCAGUGGAAGCAUUGGGCAGCCAGAGACUGGGAAAUGUUGGAGGAGCACCAUGCCGAGCUGCCUUGGCCACCAGCUAUCCUCAUCCUGCUUGAGGACACAUUCUCCUGUUGCUUUCAGAGCAGAAAAGGACUGCCCCAGCCCCUGUGUAGGCUCAGUUUGGAGGACUGUGGCCCCCGCAUCUGUCACCUGGUGCCUUUCUGUGGGGGUAGCAGCAGCAAUGGCAUGAAGGGACUGGUUUGGCACUAGAUCACAGCUUCCAUCACCAAGGGUUGUCUCAGCAGAUACCUGUGUGCUCCUGCACUCUGCCAGCCCCUGGGCCACCCCUUGGCAGGAUGUGCUGUCCCUACUCUGUGUCAGGGCUGGUCCCAGACACUGCUGGCCCCUGCCUGCUCUGGUGCAGCCCUGAGGCCCAGGCUGCCUGCACGCAGUGAGACUAGUGCUGCCAAAAGUGCCUUGCCCCACAACCCCACACUGCCUGUUGUACCUGCCGCCGUCCCACUGCAGCCCCUUCUCUGGUGCCUUUGGAUUCACAUUCCAAAUAAAGCAACACUGACGCUC